UAAAAGGAAGGCGAUUUGAGCGCUAACGGAACUGCAUAUUCCAUUUGUGUUGCUUUAGGAACGGACGUUUUCGGUGAGUUGUCGAAUAACACAUAUUGACACUAUGGCGGACAGCGACUCCGGUGAUCGCUACGAGUUUGAUGCCCCGUCGCACGUAGAGGACAUGCUAAUGUUAGCAGAGCAGAAGGCUGAGGGCGAGGACAAGUGGUUUGAACAACAGACUAGUGGGCCAGGUGGCCGCCUUGUUACUCCUCUGAGGACUGACAGAGCCUUCAGGAGCAUCCAUGACCUGGACCUGCCCCGCCCCCGAGCCAUCAUAGCCCCGCAGAUCAAGGUGGACGACAUCACAGCUCCUUGUCCACCCCCAUCUCCACCUGCUAACCUGGUCACGUCCUGGGCUGCUGGGUCUCCGGCUCGCACUGGUGCGCGCCCAAAGAGGACCUCUAAUCUCCCCCCAGCACCGCCUCGCAGGGUUUCAAAGCGUAAAGAGGCGUCCAGUGGUCCCGCUCCACCCCCAAAGAAGCACAAAAAAACUCCUGAACCCCGAAAGUCCAGCAGUGUGCUCCGCCGGAGUAAGUGCCCGCAGAACAGCAGGACGGCGCCUAAGAGCCAGGCAGCAGCUUCAGCUACUUCAAACACAGAGCCAUCUAGCUCUGAAGACCAAGAGAUGGAGCGCAUCAAGACCCUGCAGAAUGAAGUGGCUCUGCAUCGGAAGCAGAACGAGGCCAGCUACAAAGCGGCUCUGGCUGGCAACCCACCACCAAAGAAGAUGGUCCUGUCGGCGACGGUGCCCAAAGAGUUCCACUUCAACACAAACUCUCGUCACAAGGCGAGCACUUCAUCCGGCGGCGCACAGAAGGAAGUGGACUUUAUCAGCCAGCUGCGCAAACCCUCCUCCCCUGCAAAGGCUCUGAAAGGCGCCACCGUGCCCAAACCCUUCAACCUGUCAACAGGCAACAAGAAGGAGGCAGAGGGGCCGGGGGCCCAUGUGCCCAUGGCCCAGCAGAUCCAGCAGUUCCAGAAUCGAACCCCCGAUCGCUACCAUCUGCGCAGUCGCAAGAGUAUAAACAAAGGACCCUCGGGGGUGAAGGGGGAUAAGCUGAAACUCACCCAGCCACACACCCCUCACUUGAUGACCCGCCGGAGGAACCGCCCCCCCGUCACCAAGAGCAGCGCUGAGCUGGAGGAGGAAGAGCUGGAGAAACAGCAGAAGUUUAAAAUCAUCGCCUUGGAGCUGAACCGGAAGAUCCUGGAGAGCGCAGAGUGCCUGAAGAGACCCCCAGUGAAGGAGUCCACAGUGCCUGAAGGCUUCCAGCUGCAGAUUGACAAGAGGCUGCAUGAGAGGCAGACCAAGAGGCCCCAGGAGGCCGAGGAGAAGCAUCCCAGCUUCAGAGCCCAGCCGCUGCCCAGAAAGAUCCUGGAGGGAGUCGUGGGUCUGCCAGAGAAGAAGGUUCUGCACCCGACUGUGCCAGAGUCUCCAGCCUUCAUCCUGAAGAAGAGGGUCCGUAUGGAGAAGGUGGAGGAGGUAAAGCAGCCCUCGCCCAUCAAGGCCCCCCCAGUGCCUCACUUUGGGCUCCCCUUCCAGCCCCAGCUGCAGGAGAACCACCACGUGGAGGUGUGUCCGUUCUCCUUCGAGGAUCGGGACCGAGAGAGGAGGGCCCUGAAGGAAAAAAAGCUGGAAGAGAAGCGCAAUGAAGAGGUGCCUCACUUCAAGGCCCAGCCGCUGCCAGACUUUGACGCCGUGGUCCUCCCCGAGAAGAAGAGGCUGGAGCCCACCAAGCCCGAGCCCUUCAAGCUGCUGCUGGACGAGCGGGGGGCCGUGAAGAGCAGUCGCUCAGAGCAGAUGGCCAAAGAGGAGCAAAAGCGUGAGGAGGCUGCAGUAUUCAAAGCCAGGCCCAACACUGUCACUCAUAAAGAGCCUUUCCAGCCUAAAAUUGGGCCGCGGGCUCCAGUGGUCGUGGAGGCCUUUGCGCUGUCGACUGGGAGGCGGGCCCACGAGCGCCAGGAGUUUGAGCGUCUGGCCAAUGAGAAGGAGGCUCUCAGGAUGCUGAUGGAGGAGCAGCAGAGACAAGAGGUGGAGCAGAGGGAGAAGGACGACAUCACCAAGAUGCGGAAUGACCAGGUUCACGCUGCUCAGCCCAUCAGACACUACAAACCUGUGGCCGUGAAGAAGAGUGAAAUGCCCCUCACCAUCCCCCACUCCCCAAACUUCUCUGACCGCUUCCGCCUGUGAUCAGGACUCGCUCUUUAUUUAACCACUUCAUAAAUUGUUUAAACUUUCCCAUUAGUGUAGAACGCUGGCUUUAAUGGAUGUCUUUGAGAUGCCAGGAGCUGUCUUUACUGUCUUUGUAUCUGUUUAGCUUUAGCCACCUGCUGUACAUUAACACUUUUCUAUCAAAGUGCUUUGCAAUGAGGUUUCAUGUCUUACCCACACUGUCAUUCCAAGCUGAAUAUUCUAUCCUUUUGCUUAUUUUAUAUACUGCUUUUAUUCAAUAAAGUUUAUGAAAAGUA